UUUGGGAUGAAGUUGCUAUGACAAAGCGUCAAGCAGUUGAGACACUUGAUAGAUCGCUGCAGGAUAUAAUGGAAUGUUCUUUACCAUUUGGUGGAAAGGUUGUCGUCUUUGGUGGCGAUUUUAGGCAGGUCCUCCCCGUUGUGACCCGAGGGACAAGAGCACAGAUCACUGAUGCUACACUGUUGAGAUCCUAUCUGUGGCAGAAGAUCCGCAAGAUACGCCUCACACGCAAUAUGCGGGCACAGACAGACCCUUGGUUCUCGGAAUACCUCCUACGGAUCGGCAAUGGGACGGAAGAAACAAUUGGCGACGACUAUGUGCAUCUCCCUGAAGACAUUGUGAUUGCUUAUACCGACGAUGAUGAACCUAUUAACAAGCUUAUCGAAGAUGUCUUCCCAUCCCUGCACACCAAUGCUAGGUCGAGAGAGUACAUGAGCACACGUGCAAUUCUCUCGACCAAAAAUGAGCAUGUAGAUGACCUGAAUGACAAGAUGAUCUCCAGGUUUCCGGGCGAAGAAAAGGUGUACCAUAGCUUUGACUAUAUCGAGGAUGACUUCCAGAAUAAUUACACAAUUGACUUCCUGAACUCGAUCACACCAAAUGGGUUGCCCCCGCAUGUCCUGAGAGUAAAAAUCAACUGCCCGGUCAUUUUGCUACGGAACCUCGACCCUCAUAAUGGGCUAUGUAAUGGAACACGGCUUAUGAUUAGGGCCUUCCAGGAUAAUGCAAUCGAUGCAGAGAUUGUUGGUGGCCAACAUGCUGGAAAGAGGGUGUUCAUACCUAGGAUCCCUAUGUCGCCCUCGGAGGACACCUCACUUCCCUUCAAGCUUAAGAGAAAACAGUUCCCCAUCCGCCUGAGUUUUGCGAUGACCAUUAACAAGGCACAGGGUCAAACCAUCCCAAAUGUCGGUAUUUACCUUCCAGAACCUGUUUUCUCACAUGGCCAACUAUAUGUUGCAUUGUCAAGGGGUGUCUCAAGAAAGACGACACGGAUUUUAGCCAAGCCUAACAAGGAGGUUGAUAAAUCUGGGAGAAGCACCAAAAACAUUGUCUACAGAGAUGUUUUAGAGGGGUGAGGUACGUGCAAUAGUUCGUGUUUUCUUUGCACCUUCGAUUUUGUACCUAUAUAACUAACUCUGAAUAUAACACUUUUCUCUUGUUUUAUUUGCAGGUUUCAUAACAGCGCACUACAUAAUAGGCAUGAAACACAAAUGAUGUCGAUGUGACCUCCGACACUUUAUGUCAGAGUCGUUUAUUAGUGUGAUUUAUUUGUAAAAAUCGUUGACAUAUUAACUGUCCCGAAAUGAAAAAGUACAGACUUUAAAUGUGUCACACUUGUUAUUCCGUUCAUGUUCUGAUUACUUACAGCAUUCAUUUGGGAACGUAGAAAUUUCAAUUUAUUCUAUAAAUUCCAGAACAUAAGAUUGCUAUACCAGCAAAAUGUAAGCUGUUGGGAUCAUUGACAGAAAUAAUGAAAUAUUGCAAUCUUAUGAUGGCUGUUUUUCUCUAAAGUGCAUAUGUGAUUGUUCGACCUCAGUCUCAAAUAUAACUGGUUGAAUUGCCAAGCGCACGUGAACUAACUAAAUUGAAACGAUCCAUCUAACAUAUAAAUGGAAGAAAGAAGUGUCAACUUCAGUCUUGACUGGACGUGGUCAUCAUGGAGUACUAAGUAUUCUCAGUCCCUAACACUAACAACCGUCGAUAAUAAUGUGUAAACACAACACUGAAGACAGCAUAAGCAACAAUGAACAAAAAGAGAUAAAGGGCCAAGAAAGCAAUCAAUUUUUCUGAACACACGUGAGCAGCAAUAAUAAUAAAACAUAAGUACGGAACUCACCUUGAUGGUUUCUUCAUAACAUGGAAACCUAUGAUGUCACCAGUCCCAAUAGCUUUGGGCUGUAGUACAAUAUUUGCAAGGUUGCAUGGUUUGAUCUCAGGAAUAGUGGAUUAUGCCGUUUUAUCAAGCUCAGUCUUGAAACAAUCGAAAGCACUUCCUUGGCCCCUCCUGUCAAACACGGCCAUUGAGGGCACAUAAUUAACUAACUGCCAAGACAAAGGAUACAAGAAUUAUAUUUCUGUAGAGAAUGAUGAACUUUCUGUACAUAAUAAAAAGGUAUAAGAGAAAGCACA